AUGUCAUCAACAUCGUUAGUGUCAUUGUACCCAGUUGAUGGUGGAGAUCCCAUCUGCAUACCUUCUGAUAAAACAGUCAUAGGUCGGGGUUCACUAUUUAAGAUAACAGAUAAAAGAGUUUCCAGGAAUCAUGCAACUUUAGAAAUAGUUGAUGGAAAACUUAUAAUUGUUCCAAUCCAUACCAACCCAUGUUUCUACAAGGCCGUUGGUGGUAGCACAUCUGUUGUUCUGCCAAAAGAUAAGCCUCAACCUUUAGAACAUGGUGAUGUUAUCUCACUUCUUCCAGACAAACUCUUCUUCAAGAUUCAUUACAAAAAUGAAGGGUUGUUAGUUUUUUCAAUUUAA